AUGAACAAUGAGCUCGAGUCUAUCAAGAAGAAUAAGACAUGGGAGCUCACCGACUUACCACUCGGUCACAAGACCAUCGAGUUAAAGUGGCUUUUCAAGUUGAAAAGAGACAGCGAAGUGGCGAAACAUUAUACAGUCAGGUUAAUUCUUGGUAUCGAGGUGGACCAGAAGAAAGAUAGCAUUAAGGUAAAGCAGGAAGCUUAUGCGAAGAAGGUGUUGAAACAGUUUGUAAUGAAGGAUUGUAAUUCGAGCAAGUAUCCUAUGGAAGCAAAGUUGCAACUCGGAAAGGAUGUGGAAGGAAACUUAGUGGAUCCGAAGGAGUAUAGGCGUAUCAUCGGGUGUCUCAGGUACUUGACACACACUCGACCCGAUAUCUCUUAUGUAGUUGACAUAGUGAGUCGAUACACGGGGAAGCCUACCACUCUAUACCAACAGGCAGUAAAACACAUUCUUCGUUACGUGAAGGGAACGACAAAUUAUGGGAUUCAGUUAAGAAGAGGACGAGAAGUUGAAGAACUCGUUGGUUUUACUGACAGCGACUUAGCCGGUGACACAGACGACGGAAAAAAUACUGGAGGGAUGGUGUUUUAUCUCAACGGGAAUCUGAUCACGUGA